GCAUGGCGUCCGAACAAGGCGGACGUCGGCUGGCGGCCAGUGCUGGGUCCCGGGCGGGGGCCGGGGGAUCGGCUGCGGACCGGGGCCGAGGGCCGGGGCAGGCGGGGCCGCUUUCUGCCUCUCGCUGGCCGCGGCGGCGACGGCGUCAGGUGCCAGCGAGGCCCGUGGGGAGUGGCGGCGCAGCCUGGCGGGUGGGACCAUCGGCCGGGCCCUGGCCCGCGCUCAACCGGCGCGAUGCUUUUCUCGCUCCGGGAGCUGGUGCAGUGGCUGGGCUUCGCUACCUUCGAGAUCUUCGUGCACCUGUUGGCCCUGUUGGUGUUCUCCGUGCUGCUGGCCCUGCGUGUGGACGGCCUGGCUCCCGGCCUCUCCUGGUGGAACGUGUUCGUGCCCUUCUUCGCCGCUGACGGGCUCAGCACCUACUUCACCACUAUCGUCUCCGUGCGCCUCUUCCAGGAUGGAGAGAAGCGGCUGGCCGUGCUCCGCCUUUUCUGGGUCCUCACGGUUCUUAGCCUGAAGUUCGUCUUCGAGAUGUUGUUGUGCCAGAAGCUGGUGGAGCAGACUCGGGAGCUCUGGUUCGGCCUGAUCACGUCUCCGGUCUUCAUCCUCCUGCAGCUGCUCAUGAUCCGUGCCUGCCGGGUCAACUAGCCUCGCAGAAGAUAAGCCAGAAGGCGAGGCCCCAGGCUGAGGUCCCACUUCUGCCGCACCAGAGGAGAAGUCUGGGUCUGAAAGCCAGCUUGUGCCCUGCUGGGUGCCCAGCUUUCUCUCUAUCCGUCAUGUCAGAAAUUGUUCCCUCAGCAGGGCUAAAAAGAGCAGCCUUGAUUCUUAAAAUGUAUUCCCUCUUAUUUCAUGCUUUGAAUAGCUAAUCUUGCAUUGAGAUCCUGAGAAGGAUCCUGAGAAGGCCAGACAGUCCUGAACUCCUCUAACAGUUGGAAACUGCAUAUAAGUAAAAUGUCCUGAUGGGCUCUGAGUAUUUUCAUGGAUCCUGGGAAAGUACCCACUGUGCAAAGGCUGCAAAGCUGGACUCGGGAUCUCCCCUGGCCAGCAGUGCUGACCUGAGAGCUUACUGCCCCAUCCCCCCAGACAAGACUUCCUUAGACGCUUGAGCUCUAAAAAGUGUAAACCAGCUUGUGUCUCCUCCCCAGUUGCACUGGGGAGGAUGGCUCUUUCUUCAUUCCAGCCCAGGCAGACA